AUGCUUACACUGGAUGUGGAGUUUUGGUCGAGGUUACUUGCAGUUACUGACGCUGGCAUAUUGCGAUAUGGACAGCCGGCGAACGCAAGAUGGACGAUAUUCCCUCAAGAACUUAAUUUGCAAAACAGAAAAACAUAUUUUCUUAGAAAUAUAGCAAAUGGUGUUGGAAGCCAUCCUAAAUGGAAGGAUGUGGAUAUGGGUCUAUUCCCCAUAAACGUUCCUAAUGCCCAUCGGUUUUUGGCAGUGCUACAUUUACGUAUUUGGAAAGUACACAUUUAUGAUUCAGCACGACGUAUGAAUUACUUCACAAUGUACUUGACUGGUGGAGAAUUCAAAAGUUUUGGGGAUAGUAUAAUCGAAGAGCUAGAUGCGAUUGACUACUGGAAGGAUUUCCCCGAUGGACACAAAGACAACGUAGUUGUGGAGUUUAUUGAUAUUGUAGAUGCGCCACAACAAGAAUAUAUUGCUAAUAGAGGGGAUUGUGUAGUAUUCGUAAGCAUGUAUAUGGAAAUGAUUGCUUCGGGGGUACCGGUGAAGAGUGAUAAACCAUGUAGAGAUGCGGGAUUUCUCUACAAAAAUAGGAUGACAAAUAUUAUUUGGGAUACUAAAUAACUUGAUGUUUGG